AUGUCACCGAAAGCUGCUGGAAACCCAAAACGACGAGUCAGAACACGCCCUAAGAUCGCCUUGGCCUGCGACUCGUGCAGGGAGAAGAAGAUUCGCUGUGAUGGGAUAAAGCCCAUCUGCGGGCCAUGCGUGAGACGAUCACAUCGGAAUGAUCAGUGUGUUUAUAACACGGAGAACUCCCGGUCGACUAGCAGGGACGAAUAUGUCCGUGCUCUCCACCAGCGAAUCAAAGAACUGGAAGACAUCUGCUUGAAGGCUGGAGCUCAUGUCUCAAGGGCCUCAACUCCACACGCUCGGCUACCUGGUGACUCCACUAGGCAAGAAGAAAUGACACUAAGGGGGGGCCGGCGUCUCCCCCAGUUCUCGUCGUUUACGUCUGGAAAAUACGGAACAGAAUCCGGCCUCUCCAAGCUCCACAGCCGGAUUUGCCUCGGGGCAUAUAAUACUGUUGAACGCAACGAUAGCCACACUGGCUCACUCGGGGAAAAUACUACCGAUAUCUAUGAAUCGCCAUUAUUUGAUGAAGAUCAAGGUCGCAUUACGGGCAUGGGCCAGAUGAUCUUGUCAGGGGCGGAGAGAGAAGAUCGAAGGAGAUCCACCCGAUUUCAAUUCUAUGGUACUUCAUCUACGGCUUCGCUUAUGCGCUUUGCCUAUCAAAGCAUGCCAUCAAGGCCGGCGGGUGGCUCUCGUGCCGAGGCCGCAUACAACAGGCUUCAGGACACAUCCACCACCUACGGGAUGGAGGAUUUUUCAUUGCCACCGCGAGCGUUUGCCGAUCACCUCGUGAAACGAUUCUUCGAAAAAAUAUACAUUCUCUAUCCACUAUUCCAUCGCCCAGCCUUCGAGGCGGCCUAUCAAAAUCUCUGGCGUGGAGAGGACGAACCCAAUAUCCCCGCGCCGACCGAUUUGCAGAUUGGAAUAGGAUCAAAGACAGAGUCGGAGCCCACAUCGACUGUCUUCCUGUGUGCCCUGAACUUGAUAUUUGCCUUGGGCUGUCAGUUUGCCGAUUUGGCAUCCGAGGAAGCCGAGUCCGUCGCCAAUUCGUUCUUCCUUCGAGCGAAGCAUUUUAUCGGGCUCGAUUUUCUGGACAUCAACACACUUGGCGUGGUUCAAACUCUACUCAUUACAGCACUUUAUCUGCAAAGCUCCCCAUAUCCCAGUCGUUGCUGGCAUUCUGUUGGGAACGCCUGCAGAGUUGCCUUUGGAUUGGGACUCCACAAAUCCGAUAUUCUGGCUUCUCUGACACCUCUGGAGUCCGAAAUUCGCAGGCGGACUUGGCAUGGAUGUGUAAUAAUGGAUAUGACUUUGAGCAUGACAUACGGCAGACCAAGCAUGACCUCCCAUCUUGCCCGAGUUCCCACACCAGAUGGUUUAGAACUAUCCGGGCACCAAAAUGGUGCCAGUGAACCUCCCUUGAUGGCAUUUUAUAUCGAAGCGAUCAAGCUUUAUAAUAUCUUGGACAAUAUUCUAGCUGAUGUCUACAAUGCAUGGCGUGGCCGGCUACGCCAGGACUACAUGCCAUCCCCGACCUUGAGCCUUAGGAGCCUUCAAAUUGUUCUCGAAGUUGAAAGAGAGCUUCUAUUGUUUAAGACCAAUGUCCCUUCCUUUUUGAAGUGGACACCUGGGGCACACUCCGCGCCUUCUCGUCCAGAACCCAAUAUGGCUAUUGCCCAGCAAAGAAAUGUCCUACAUGCUAGGUGUGUUGCAUAUCGUUACAGCCUCAGUUGCCACUUUCUUACCUCUCUAUACAGGUACAUACACCUUCAGAUCCUCCUCUACCGUCCCAUAUUCACACAAAUAUACUCUAAACAAGAUUCAUCGUCUGUACCAGAGCUACAAAAUGACUCGUCAUCCCAGAGCAUAGAGAUGCAAAGCAAUCUGUAUUCUUCCAUGUUCAGUAAAUGCGCCGAGGCAUGUGUGACAGCUGCCAUUGAUCUCACAUACCUAGUACGAGAGACUUAUCAAACCGACUGUUCCGAUGCAUGGUGGUACAAUGGUUUCUGUAUGUUACAGCCGUUAUUCAUCCCACUCUACUUAUCAUACUAA